AUGCUCAACUUCAGGACCCUGCUGCUGGCCCUGGCACUCCUGGAAGAGACAGGACAGUCCCAGAGCUACAAAUCAAGAUAUGCAGUAUUGAACUUGGCCAAAGGAAGACGAGCUUAUCAGUCCUCGACAUUUCCAUACGCGAUCCUUGGAUCGGCAGACAAAGCUGUGGAUGGGAUCUAUUCUGGGGACUUCCAACAGGGCUCCUGCGCCCACACUGAUAAUGACAAGAACCCCUGGUGGUUUGUGGAUUUGGAUUCCGAAUAUGCCAUCGCAGCUGUGUUGGUGAAAAACCGCGCCGACUGCUGCGGCGAAAGGCUCCUGGGAGCUGAGGUCCGUGUGGGGAACACCAUUUUUGACCACGGCAAAUUCAACACUCUGUGUGGGAUCGUCAAAGACAUCACACCGGGCUCCGUCAGUAGCUUCUACUGCCGCUGGCUCAGGGGCCGCUAUGUGAGCAUCCACCUUCCUCGCCAUGAUUAUCUGACACUGUGCGAAGUGGAUGUCUAUGGAGCUGUACCAAAGGAAAUGCGUUAG